AUGACGCCACCUCCUCCCUUCACGGGCAAGACCCCACUGGUCGUCCCAGCUCAGAACAAGCACACCGCCACCCUCAUCUUCAGCCAGUCAGUCCAGUGUAUGCUCUCACUCCGAACGGCCUCAGUGGGGCAGCCCGGGAGCUGACCGUAUCCUCAUUCUCGCUCCCUGCAGUGGCCUAGGCGAUACGGCAGAUGGAUGGCUCGAUUUUGCAAAAGAUCUCGCGCCCCAGUUCCCGCACGUCAAGUGGAUUCUCACUAAUGCGUAGGUCCGCAAGUCGUCGGGACGGCAGCUCGGCUCACCCAAGUCUACACUGGCGCUCAGCACGUGUGGAGGACGUGGAUCCGUGUGCGAAGCUAAGACAUGACGUGUUCCUUGCAUUAGACCACGGAGAUACAUCAAGCUUUGGGACGAGUCGAUGCCCUCUUGGUCAGUCCUACCUCCGCAGAAUGGGAGGACUCCGACGUGUCGGCCGAACUCCUUUCCCCUUCCCAACCUGAUCCUUUCUCUGCACGUACCACGUAGGUAGGAUUUCAAAGUACGCAACGCACCACCGCAAGACGAGGACUCGCCAGGGAUGCUGCAAUCGGUCGAGACGAUCAAGCAAUUGAUAGAGAUCGAGGUCGCGAAUGGGAUUGACCCGGGCCGGAUCGUCGUCGGUGGAUUCUCGCAGGGUACGUACCUAGUGGAGAGUUGAUUCACUGCAGAGCGCGUCUCUGACUGAUACGAAUUAUGUGCUUGAUGAAGGCUCAGUCCUGUCCAUCUUGACGACGGUGACGAGCACUCGGCCCCUAGCUGGGACCUUGGCACUUUCGGGAUACCUGGCGUUGACGUACGAGAAUCGCAUCAACUUGCUCGCUACGGACGUAGGGCGCAAUAUUCCCAUGCUCAUGGCCCAUGGGGAUCAGGAUGCGGUUAUUGCGUACGUCUUACGGGAGCAAAUCUUCCAUCUUUUUGGGGAAGAAGGGCGCAGUGGCGAUGAUGACUCACCUCCAGGUUCUCACCUCACUUGCCAUUUUCGGGAUCCGAUUCGUCAAAUUUGCUCCUCAUCCUCACCGAACUCGAUCAGUUUGGACAAGAGCCAGAGAGGAUACGAUCAUCUCAAGUCAAUCGGGUUCGAUAAGAUAAACUAUCGUGUUUACAAAGGUGAGCACUCCCCAGUUUCGACGGCAUCUCUCGGCGAAUCUCGUUCCUCGGCUCCUGCCUCGGAACAAAAUGCUGACUCGGACAAAAAAAAAAUCCUCCGCCAACUUGAUAGGUCUCGCGCAUUCUUUGGGUCAGCAAGAGACAUUAGACAUUGUAGAAUUUUUGAACAAGGUUAUUCCUUAGCUAUGGUCUCUCAAGUUGCCAUUCUACGAUCUGAAUUUACAAAUUUCUAA